AUGGCUACCCCGCCUACCUUUACUGAGCUCAAUGAACAUCUCACCGAGGUCCUCAGUAAUCCCUCGACAAGUACACUUAACGUCCGCCUCCUGGAAACUUUCACCGCUCAACUGCCCGAGCAGCCCACAACUCACCUCACUGGUACUCUUGUACCACUCCUCGCAAAAGCCCUCGCAGUUGUGAAUGAAGAUCCCACACCCAUAACCACGCUCCUGCAGCACCUCCUCACCACGACAACCUUCACUGAGCUUUUGGCCUUCGCCUCCCAACCCCAAACCCUUCAACUGCUCUCAGCGGCUUCCCCAGCAGUACGCGUACUCGGUCUCUCGAUUCUAGAGAAGGCGGCAGCGGCCCCAUCUGAGGUUGGGAUCGUCGCAAGCUGGUCGGACGUCGUACAGAAGCUCGUCGAGGUGCUGCUUUGCGAUUCUGACACAGGUGUUGCAUCCAGGGCGGCAGAUGUUCUUGUGAGGUUGUUAGCGGCGGAUCUAGGUGUUGGCUUACUAUGGCGGAGGAUUUGCGAGGAUGAGGGUGUGUAUGAGACAUUUUUCCGGCUGUGCUCAUGGAAAGGAGAGGAGCUUCCAGAGGGGAAAAAGACGGAAGCGCAGGGGAGGCUCCUACAAGUAGUCGCGCGGAUGGCAGCACUCGAUUUCAGCGGUGUAUCAACCUCAGCAUUCCCAGCGAUUGACAAUAAGUACGCGGCGUCAGAGGAAGCUUGUGGAGGACUACUAGAGUUUGCCACGCGCUGGGCCGUAGAUGCUGACGGCGAUGUCAUGAUGCACAUGGUGCUCCUCGAUUUUUACACGUUGUUGCUACAGUCGACAAAGGCACUCGACUAUCUCGAGACCUCUGGCCUCCACAGUGCUACCACAGGCCGCUACAUUGCCCCUGCAGCAUACUCAGAUGAUAUAAUCGACCAACAACUUCUCGAAUCCAAAGCAGCCGAAUACCUCGCGACCUAUGCCCGUCUACACCCGACGCAGCUCCUUGACUCUCCAGCCCCCAAGAUCCCCGACGGACGGAACCCAAAACGGCGGCGCAUGUCAUUGGGUACUGGCCCACCGCCGCCCGCAAAGACGCUCGUUGAGGUGACACUGGAGCGUAUUGAGCAGACGCUGAAAGACACCCCCCAGCAUCCGCAUACGCCUUCUAUGGAUAUUCUGAUGGCAAUGCCUCCUUCUGUGCUGGUGACGGAUGCUGGAAAAAAGGUUGUGGCGAUGAUCCCGCUGUCGCCGCCCCAAACGGCCUACAUUGAUGCUUUGACAGCUGUAAUCACAAAGCAGGGUAACAGCAGUGAGGUAUAUGAUAACUAUUAUGCCACCCACGCAGAUAUGUGGCAAAAGAUCAAUAGCUAUGUGUCUACAUUGGCCCUUAGAGAUGUUGUUCUGGCAUGCAUGAACUUUAUCGAGAAAUUAUUAGUCGCACAGGACUCUACGGGCACGUACUGGGGGGCCAAAGCAGUCGUAAACGCGCCAGGUGUGAUGGCGUUCCUGAUUACCCCGCCGCAGAGGUUUUCUGGAGCGAGGGAUCCCAUGAGCACCGCUUUUGUGGUGGCUACAAGGAAGCUGGAAGUCCUGGAGACGGUGCUGCGGGUGCUGGGCAGAGCUGGUGAUGAGGUCCCGGGCGCAGAUGGAUGGAAAGUUGUGGUGCAGGAGAGGUUAAAAGUCGGGCUGUGGGGCAAUAGCGCUGGUGGGGAAGUGGCCACAAUGGAAAUGUGA